CUCUCUCUCUCAAACACACACACACACACACAGAGUCACAGUUGGAAAUGGCGAACCAGUUGGAGAACUUGGUGGAGUCGAUAAAGUCGAAGGUUCGAGCCUUGAAGAAGUCGAAGAAGAAGCCGUACGUGAAAAUGGACAAGAGCUCCAGUGUGAGGGUGGAGAUUCGUAGCAAGCAAGCUCGUAAGCUCAUCGACAAAAACCUCAAAGCCGCCGAUCGUCCCGGCAAACGUAGCGUUGCCUAAACCCUUCCUUCUAUCUCUCUCUCUCUCUCUUCUUGUAGAUAUGGAAAAUUGGAAAUGGCCGAAUCUGUGUUUUUCCGACGUCGUUUACAUCGAUCUUCGUUAUAGGUUUGUUCCUCU